AUGGACGGACAGGCCGCCAAUGGCGCGGCCGGCUUGGGUCAGAAUACCACCUCCGUGAACGGCGCGAAUUCCGACAUAAUAUCACAGAUCCACCAGGCCCUCGAGGCUAUACACAACCCUUACUCGCCCAAUGACUCCCGUCGAGACGCGCAGGCCUUCCUCGAAAACAUCAAGGGCAUAGACGAAGCUCCAUUCCACGGUUUUACCCUUGCCUCCGACAAGUCCCAGUCACCCGUUGUGCGCCAUUAUGCCCUUUCCCUUCUUGAGCAUGCGAUCAAGCACAGGUGGGCCGACUAUAGCGAGCAACAGUCUUCUACUCUCCGUGGUUGGAUGCUGGAGCUCUGCCGCAGCCUGUCGAAGGACGAUCCCCUAUAUAUCAGAAAUAAGACGGCUCAAUUAUGGGUUGAAGUUGGCAAGAGAUCAUGGGGCGCCGAGUGGAUGGACAUGGAUGAGCUUUUGCUUCGCUUAUGGCAAAUUCCUGAUUCUGCUGUUCACAAAGAGCUCGUUCUGUUCGUCUUAGAGACACUCUCCGACGAAGUCUUCAAUGGCGACGAUGCCGUGGUCGCCAUGCGCGAAGGAGUGCUCAGCAGGAGCUGUGUCGAGAUUUUUACUCCGGCCACAGUCCUCAGAGAGGCUUUCCCGAACAGGACUGCUGGCCCCGAGGUGCGAUAUGGGGAAGAAGGUUGGCUAAGCCGGGUAUCCGAAUUUCUCAGUCAGUGCCUUCAAGGGGAUGCUCAGAACAACGACCAAGUUCGGUCUUGUGCCGUCAAAUCCUUGUCCGUUUUCCACUCUCUGAUGCCCUGGGCCAUACCCAAGGCUGUUGCCGUGGCCAAUUGCGUGCCUGUCAUGUGCAGAGCCCUUGCGACACCCGAAGUGUCUAUUCAGAAGGCAUCUCUGGAGGCCUUACAUGCACUUUACUCCCGGUCAAACUUCACCGAACAAGAGUUUAAGGAUCUCGUUGCACCCAUGUAUGAUGCCAGCUCAGUAGACCUCUUGAAGAGGCUCUUCGAGUGGUCGGCUGUUGACAUGCUGUCCCUCUUGGGCAACUAUCUCGACCGAAGAUUUUCCGCGAUCCCGACGACUUCGGACGUAGACGGGUUCCUCAAUUUGCUGCUUCUAACGGUGCAAAGCCCAAGUCUGAUCAUCGCCAUACCCGUAUUAGCUACGUGGACGCGGCUACUCAACAACAGGCUCAUCGGACAGAGCCCAGCCAAUACUCAUCUCGUCGGGCCACUGCUCGAGGUCUGUGGUUCCCGCCUAAUCCGUUUUGAGAACCUGCCGGAAGACACUCAAGACCCAACCUUCCUCUUCCUGAUGGAAGAUACUGAUACCGUCCCGGAACGACAUGCUUUUCUCGGCAAUUACAGAAGGUUCAGCACACAGGUCAUUGAAACAAUUGUACAACUGAAGCUUUCCGACGCGGUUUACCAUAUUCUUGGCCAAGCCGAGCAAGUCUUGCAGCAUCUAUAUGACGGUCACCCACCGAUGGAUGUGUCCAAGUACAUCAAGCAUUCAAUGCCUGUUCUGCGCGUUGACGCACAAUUCACAGUCAUCGAGGCGGCGCUGAAAGGCUACAUGAAGUGGAGAGCAAGCACGACUCAACAGAGCAUGCCAGACUACGAACAACAGCGCGCUGCUCUAGAGAGAGAUCUGGAGUCCUGGUGCAGCAAACUCCUCGAAAUGAACUUUGAGGACCCUCUGAUUCGGAAGAGAGUGCUACAAUUGCUGGUUGCUUUCUCUACCACAGCUCUCGACAGGAAUCCAGGAUUCAUGCUCAAAGUCCUCGAACACAUUCUCAUGACAUGGCCUGCUCCUCGCCCAGAGCACCGAGCCUUUAACGAGGCGAUCAAGGAUUUCCAGUCCGAAAGCAUGGUUGAGCUGCAGCGACUAGCCUCAAAGGUCCCUGACCACCUGCUAGGCGUAUAUGAUCAGAUAGAGGCGAAGGUUAACGACAUGAUUUCCUCGGGAAGCUUAGACGAGAAACGACAAAUUGCUUACCAGAGCUUUCUCUUCAUCAUCAUUCACCGAGCCACCAAUAUUGACCCUUCUACACAGUUUGAGCGUUUGCAGGGAUUCAUCAAGCCAGUCACAAGCCUAUGGCAAAACCACGAAUUGAAAAGUGCCCUGUCAUCGUACUCGGGCUUUUGCGAAUUGAUGGCCCUGGACAAAGCCAAGCGAUACCUCAUGAGCCGUCGCGUCCAUGAAGUCAAGGAUUGGGGCUCUAGCGAGCUGGAUGCAGAGGGUCUGGCCCUCCAGAGUGAGUUAGAGGAGAGACAGAAGGUGUUGCCUCUUCGCCCAACAAAAUCAUUUCUUUCUUUCUCCGUAGAGAAGCUCGAGAAGUCUUCAGCGCCCUUCCAAAUCUCGUAUCGUUUGUGGAAUGAUAGCUUUCCAAUCAUCUUACCCGACCUUCUGCAAUUUCUCAGCCAUGCCCACGCCUCGCACAAUCCAGAUAAUUGGACAGAACUGCCCCCUGAAAUGCGGUCUGUUGUUGGCGGCGUUCUCAGUGAUCGUUUUUGGCAGGCGGGAAUUUCUGAGGGCAGCAAAGAUGAAUUCUAUGCCCGCGUCAUGGACAAGAAACACACUCUCGAAGGGCUCGCCUCGACGAUAAGAGGAAGCGUGAGGUUCGUACGAGAAACAUGCUAUGCCAUUAUCUACUGCAUGAGCCGUUUGGAGAUGCAGUUCUAUGGCUUCAGCGAACUGCCGAACCCCCUUGCACAAGCGCUUUUCCAAAAUUCUUUCUAUCUCUCUGCACAUCAGCAGAUCAACCUGCUGAAUCUCGUGCGUUAUCUGGUGGACGAUUGUCCACUAGAGCAACGUGAGCACUUCCUUCCCCCACUCCUUGCAGCUUGCUUCCAACAGAUGGAUGCAAAGAUCAACUCGGAGUGGGAGAAGCUGGAGCGCCAACAAGCAAUUGACGCUGCUGGGGAUGCGCUUACUGAGGAGAUGAAAUCGGAAAGCAUCUUGCGCCAGGUCACUUACACUGCCGUGAUCAUGGUGGCGGAUUUCCUGGAUCCCACUAAGAGAAACCCUCCGUUACUAAGAUCACAAAAUGAUCACGAGCCACCUCGCAGGUAUCCGUCAUUGAGGAAAUUUUGCUUGAUGCAGUCUACGAUUGUGGAGCCGCUCCUUCUCUUCUGCACUCACGCAAUCCGGAUGAGAGACACGCGAUGCUGUAGCAUAAUUUUGCGGGUAUUUCGAUCUAUUGUUCCAGACUUCCAUCAGUCGGAACCGAUCUCGCCAAAAUCUGUACCUGCGCACGAGGGCCAUAACUCCACUCCCAGCGGCAAGGAUUCUUCUCUUGACCCGACGCCAAUUUCCUCCGAAGCAGCUUCCGCGAUCAGGGAGUACAUCUCAUCGGAAGUGCUCCAAGCUUGCAUCAACUCAUUCCAUGAGCCCUACUUCGUAGACCUUCAGAAGGACCUGGCCUCAUUAAUUGCCUCCAUAGUGGUUUAUUACAGCCCCUCGACUAGCACGCCCAGAGACGUCCUCCUUUCGCUACCCAACAUCAAAGUAGCUGAUCUCGAAAAGCUGAACGAUUUUGCGUCGAAGCCAGCAUCCCACACACGCCAGCAAAGAGCACUUGUGCUUGACCUUCUCAAAGAUCUCAAGGGAAUAAGCAUUGCAGAGCAGGGAAAAUUGCCCAAGACCAGCAGUUUCGGGCGAGUCAAGAGAUCAAAUCGCAGUAAGAUGGCGCAAGAAUUCAUGACGCCCGCGAAUGAGUCGGCUACACGUAGCGGAGCGGUCACCGGAGCGAGGCAAGGCACGCCAGAUGGCCUUGAGGGCGUGGCCAACUUAUUCGAGGGCUAG